AUGGAGGCGGCCGGGGACAGCGCCGGUGGCCGUGGAGGCCUCCUCUGCGUGACGGGCGGCAGCGGCUUCAUCGGCUCCUGGCUGGUCCGCCUGCUCCUCGACCGCGGCUACACCGUCCACGCCACCGUCAAGAACCUCCAGGACGAGGGCGAGACGAAGCAUCUGCAGGCCCUGGACGGCGCGGACACGCGGCUCCGGCUGUUCCAGAUGGACCUCCUCGACCCUGCCUCCUCCAUGCGGCCGAGGAUCCGGAGGCAAUAUAUUUCUUCCUGCAUAAUCAUUCCGCUCUGUCACUGUCAGCAUAACAUAACCAUCGAUCGCUCUGUCAGCAUAAUCCUUCCUGCAUUAUCAUGCUCGCAGAAGGAGCUGCUGGAGCCUGCGCUGAAGGGCACGCUCAGCGUCCUCCGUGCCGCCAAGGACUGCGGCGUCCACCGUGUUGUUCUCAUGUCGUCCAAGUCGGCCAUGCUGCCGAAUCCUGCCUGGCCUGCGAACAUGGCCAUGGUAGAGGAUGACUGCUGGGCCGACCUUGAGCUCCUCAAGAAACGUCAGCUUUGGUACCACGUCUCUAAGACACUGGCAGAGAAGGCUGCGUGGGAAUUCACCGAAAAGGAGGGUUUGCAGCUGGUUGUGCUAAAUCCAGGGACGACUCUGGGCCCGUUUUUUACUCCAUCAGUCAAUACCAGUCUGAACAUUCUGCUGCAGCUCCUGAGAGGCCGGGAGCUUGAGUUGGACGCUGUCUACACAGGGUGGGUCGAUGUCAGAGACGUGGCGCAAUCGGCGAUUGUGCUGUAUGAGAACCCAUCUGCGCAGGGACGGCACCUGUGCUUGGCGUCCAUGGAACGCUUGGUUGACUUCGCCGAUAAAAUUGCUGAUAUGUACACUGAAUUCCCAGUUCACAGAAUCAAGGAGGACAAACAAGGCUGGUUGAUGAGAGCAAAGGAGCCCUCCAAGAAGUUGAUCGAUUUGGGCGUUCGUUUCGUUCCAUUUGACGUGACCAUCAGGGAGACCGUCGAUUGCUUCAGAAGCAAAGGGCUGAUUUAGCUGCCCUGUGAAUAUGCGCUGCGGUACACCUGAUUCUAGGGAACUGCUACAAUAAUACUUAGCUCAAACAAAUACUCCUUUUGGGUGAAAUCAGCCCUAGCUUUGGUUCUGAAGCAAUACCCGGCCUUGUUUAGUUCCAAAAUUUUUUGCAAAACAGGUACUGUAGCA